AUGUUCCCUUCUUUCAUCCUCACACCUCUCGAGUUCAAUGGGCCAUUCAUGAUUGUCACUUCAGCGAGGCAAGUAACAGGCCAGGUCUGGUCCUUGGCUGGCUGUUACACAGCCCUCUCCCGCCCUCGAAGGUUGCGACAAUACAGCUCGGAAGCUGCCUCCUCGAAUGCGCCCGCCAUCCCUAAGAAGUGCCCCCAAUUCCGCGACUAUUUCGUCACUCAUCUGCCGUCGUCAUCACUUCACCCCGACCCUCGGGGGCCGACCUCACCCUUUCAUAAACUCCCUCGCUCCGAGUCAGUCCCACAUACAGGGGAGACAUCCCAUUCGCCAACCUCGUUCCAACCGUUCGUCGACCGCGAAACCACUGUGGUACGGAUUCCCUUGCGCAGCGCAAAACAUCAUUUCGGUGCCGUCACCGCCCGCGGCACUCGCCCAGCAAAUGAGGAUACAUACCAGGCCGGCGUGAUUGACAUACCGGCAUUUGCCAAACGGCCUCCAGCAUCGUUGACGAUCAAGCGGGACUCGGCAUCUUCACCUCGGGAAUCUCGCGCUGCAGACACCGCUAGCGGAGAUCCCCAGAUCUUCUACUUUGGCAUCUUUGACGGUCAUGGAGGAGCGGAGUGCAGUGCAUUUCUAAGAGACUAUUUGCAUGAGUACAUUCAAAACGCUGCCGCCAAUUUCGAGCUCAAGUCGAGCCUGCAGCCAAAUCAACAAUCGGUGACUGGCGUUGAUGCUUCCGCUUCGUUGCCCCUGAUGCAGGAGGGGAAUCGUCGUCGGAUUGGGGAGCUGGAGAAGAGUCUAAUGGCAAAUUGGAGGCGCUUGGUCGGUGGCUAUUUCAAAAGAUUUAAGCCACCUCAUUUUUCGUACUUUGGUGUUGAAUCCGAGGAUUCCGCAUCUGCCGACCGUGUCUCCAUCGAGGAGGUCAUGGAAUAUGCGUUCUUACGAGCCGAUCUGGAUUUUGUCAAAGCCCAAGCAGCCAAACGGGAUGAUGAUCUGGCUCUGGCCGAGAAACCACUUAACGAAGACGAGAUCCUCCACUCGCCCAGCCUCACCAGAACCCCGAAGAUUGGCGGUCGCUCGCGGUUCAAGGGUGGUAGUACUGGGAGUGUUGCUAUGAUAUCCCCGCCCAGUCCAACCCCCUUUUGGCACCCCGCUGGUCCCUCCAGUCUUCUUGUUGCGCAUGUGGGGGACACCAAGGUGCUGCUCUGCUCGACCGCAACCGGUGAGGCUAUUCCUUUGACAGCCAACCAUCAUCCAUCCUCGCCCAUCGAGGCUGGUCGUCUUCGCCGCUAUGCAGCCACGUUCGUCACCGACUCCUUUGGUGAGGAGCGUAUGAGUGGGCUCGCCAACACCCGCGCUUUUGGCGACGUACAGUCAAAGCGGAUCGGUGUCUCCGCUGAGCCAGAAGUGAAUCGUAUCGAGAUGGGUGCCGCCGAGUUCUCUUUCUUGGUCAUGAUGUCCGAUGGUAUUAGCGGCACGCUUCUUGACCAAGAAGUUGUUGAUAUUAUCAAAGAGGCCAGGACCCCUGAACAAGGUGCCCGUGAUGUUGUCAGCUUUGCGACCGAAGUUACCAAGGAAGGUGACAAUGCCACUUGUCUUGUCAUUCGACUAGGCGGCUGGGAGCGACGCCUUGAAGGAGGAGUGGGUAGCUUGGGGUCGAAGGAGUCUCGCGAGUGGCGACGACAGGAUGCCACUGAUCCGCGCAGGUCACGGACGUGA